UGAGGGCUCUGGCAUUCACGGGCCUGGCCUUCUUACCUCUGUUUGGUAGCUCUGAGCUUGCUCUCCUCUCUCAGCCAUGAUUGCCAGACAGCAGGGUGUCCGGAGUGGGUCCCGGGCCUUUAGCAGUGGCUCAGCUGUUGUCGGUGGCGGCAAGAGGGUUGCCUUCAGCUCAGCCUCUGUGUCUGGGGGUGCAGGCCGCUGCUCUUCUGGUGGCUUUGGUAGCAGGAGCCUCUACAACUUCAGGGGGAACAAGAACAUCUGCAGCGUGGCUGGGUCCCGCCAAGGUGCCGGCUUUGGGUAUGCUGGAGGCUUCGGCGGCGCUGGCAGCUUUGGUGCUGGUUUCGGCGCUGGAGGCUUUGGUGGUGGAUUUGGAGGCUCCUUCAACGGUCGAGGUGGUUCCGGCUUCCCGGUGUGCCCCGCUGGAGGGAUUCAGGAGGUCACCAUUAACCAGAGUCUGCUGACGCCCCUCCAAGUGGAGAUUGACCCAGAGAUCCAGAAAGUACGGACUGAGGAGCGCGAGCAGAUCAAGACCCUCAACAACAAGUUUGCAUCCUUCAUCGACAAGGUGCGGUUCCUUGAGCAGCAGAAUAAGGUCCUGGAUACCAAAUGGAAGCUCCUCCAGCAGCAGACAACAACCACAUCCCCCAGAAACCUCGAUCCCUUCUUUGAAGCCUACAUCAGUGCUCUGAGGAAGCAGCUAGAUGCCCUGGCCAGUGAAAAAGGUCGUAUGCUGUCGGAGCUGAAGAUGAUGCAGGACAGUGUGGAGGACUUCAAGACCAAGUAUGAAGAUGAAAUUAACAAACGCACAGCUGCAGAGAAUGAUUUUGUGGUGCUCAAGAAGGAUGUGGAUGCUGCCUACAUGAUCAAGGUGGACUUGGAAGCCAAGGUGGACAGCAUUAACGAUGAGAUCAACUUCCUGAGGGUCCUCUAUGAAGCGGAGCUGUCUCAGAUGCAGAGCCAUGUUAGUGACACAUCUGUGGUCCUGUCGAUGGAUAAUAACCGUGACUUGGACCUGGACAGUAUCAUCGCUGAGGUCCGUGCACAAUAUGAGGAGAUUGCUCAGAGGAGCAAGGCUGAGGUGGAGGCCUGGUACCAGACCAAGGUCCAGCAGCUUCAGACCUCAGUUGAUCAACAUGGGGACAAUCUGAAAAGCACCAAGAAUGAGAUCUCAGAGCUCAACAGAAUGAUCCAGAGACUGCGGGCAGAGAUUGAGAAUGUCAAGAAGCAGUGCCAGACUCUGCAGACGUCUGUGGCUGAUGCAGAGCAGCGUGGGGAGCUGGCCCUCAAAGAUGCUUACAGCAAGCGCACAGAGCUCGAGGCUGCCCUGCAGAAGGCCAAAGAGGAGCUGACCCGGAUGCUGCGCGAGUACCAGGAGCUCCUGAGUGUGAAGCUGGCCCUGGAUGUGGAGAUCGCCACCUACCGCAAGCUGCUGGAGGGCGAGGAGUGCAGGAUGUCUGGAGAAUGCCAGAGUGCUGUGAGCAUCUCGGUAGUUGGUGGUAGCAUCAGCACUGGAGGCAUCGGCGGAGGAUUAAACAUUGGCGGAGGAUUUGGCCUGGGCAGUGGUUUUGGCUCUGGCUGUGGAAGUGGCUUUGGGUUUAGUGGUGGGGUCAGUGGCAGUUCUGGCAACAAGAUCAUCUCUACUACUUCCCUGACCAGAAGAUCCCAACUAUAAAGAAGAUGAGAUCUCCACAGGCCCCAGUGUUCACCUGGGCUGGCCCUCACGUCCUCACUUUGCUUCACUUCUAUCCUCCCUUCUUGGUGCUUGUCUUACCAGGGUCACCUCCACUCUCCCCUGGGCUCCCUCUGCUCCAAGGUGCUCUUUGUGCCUAGGACAUCCUUGGAAUUUGGUGACUUCUUCUCAAUUUGGGCCUCAAGAUCCAUCUGGAAUGGGAACAAGAGCACUGGCAGCUUUCACCUCCCAUGGACAGAGGAGAAUAUGAUCAGGAGCUCCAUCUCUAGGACUUUCAAGGUUUUACCUGUCCCCAUCUCAGCCCAGUGCUGCCCUCCAUCAGAUCCUGGAUAUCUGUCAACAUCAGAAACCCAUUCUCCAUCACCUGGCAGCACUUGGCUCUGCAGGGUUAGGAUAAGAACUGCUCAGUGUCCUAUUCAGCUCUUUGUAUUCCUUCCAUACAACUUCAGAUGACUCUUCAAUAAAAUGCUU